CCCAUGCAACCCAGGACCUCCUGUUCAGUGCUUACACCUCUACCAUGGAUGUCACCUUCAUGUUCAGUUUUGGAGAUGGCCCACCAGCAUUGCAUGGGAAAGGAGCCAAGCAUCAGGUCUACCCUGGAGCCUGGUUCUCUAGAUACCAUCGGUUCACUCAAGAGGGCACCUUCAUCAUAAGAGUCACAGCCUAUAAUGAAUUCUACAAUGCCACUGAGGUUCAGUGCUCAUUUAAUGUGGAGAAAAUGCCAGCAAACUUGCACCUGACAGCAAACUCCAGCCUCAUACAUAAAGAUGAAGUCAUUCUUUUUAAUGCACACUUAGUACAAGGAACCAAUGCCACAUACACUUGGAAUAUGGGUGAUCAGACAACUUAUGUUAACGGAGGGUCUGUGGUCUCUCACUUGUUUCUGGCUGUGGCAGUCUACAACGUGUCAGUAACUGCCCAGAACAGAGUGGGGAGCGUGACAGCCAGCACAAGUAUCUCUGUGCUUUACAGGAUACAGGCUGUUGGGAUCUACACAGAUAAACGGGUCUAUGCCACUGAUACAGCUGUCACUUUCCUGGCCGUGACGCCGGAACCGGGCCCAUUGGAGUUUCUGUGGUACUUUGGUGACAAACCACCACAGAGAACAACCUCUAAAUCCAUCACUAAGAGAUAUUACGUCCCUGGCAGUUACAAUGUCAUCGUCAAUGCCUCCAAUGGCCUGAGCUCCUUCACCUCAGACAUCUAUGCCAUAGUAAUCCAGCGAGAGGUCCAGUCCAACAGACUUGUAUUCGAUGCCUCGGUGAUGCUGAACACCAGCGUGACCUUCAACUGUAGGAUCAACCGUGGCACCAAUGUCACUUAUCACUGGAGCUUUGGAGACGGCACCAAUAGAAUUGGAAGGAACACCGAACAACACGUCUUCCACAGAACAGGCGAGUUUACUGUGGAAGUGACCGUGUCGAACCUGGUUAGCUCCGCCUCCCUCAUGGGGCAGGUCUUUGUGGUUCGUCAGCCCUGCCAGCCUCCUCCAAUAAAAAACAUGGGUCCCCUCAAAAUACAGGUACGACGCUACCAGACCUUGCGGCUUGGAGUCACCUAUGAAGGAGACGUCCAGUGCAACAUCUCCCAGGGCCUCCUUUACAGCUGGGCUCUCUAUGAGUCUGGUGGGCUACGGGUGCAGCUCACUCCAGUCGAGACCCACCAGCAGAACAUUGAGCUGCCAAACAACUUCCUGCAUUACGGCACAUACACGGCAAUAGCUAAGGUUCAGAUCCAAGGUAGUAUUGUGUACAGCAACUACACAGUCCGCAUUGAGGUGGUGCCUAGCCCCCCCAUUAGCCUCAUCUAUGGAGGUACAAACAUCUUCAUCAGUAACAGAAACAGCACCAUUCUCACACUGAAUGGACAAAGAUCAUAUGACCCGGAUUACCCUCAGAGCGUCCUGAGCUUCAUAUGGAAAUGUAAGCCAGUCAGUAUAAUUCGGAGCCCAUGUUUUGAUGAGAACAUUCCCACGUCCUCCUCUGUGAUCACGUUCCCGGUCAGUUCUCUCAAGCCCAGGUUUGACCAGUUCCAGUUCACGCUCACCGUGCAGAGUGGAGAUCGAACAUCCACAUCUGAGGUGUUUAUAACCAUCUCGCCAAAGCUGAACAGGAAGGUACAGGCUUUUUGCUACCAGUGCCAGGGGAACACAGUGAAUUGGAAUGAGCAGUUUUCUGUUGAAGCUCAUUGUGAAAGCUGUGGCAUUCCCCCAAUAAAUAUUUUCUAUACCUGGAAACUUUUUCUGGUGAACGCCUCAAGUAAAGUCAUUGUUGAGGUUCCUUUUUGUAAGAAUGUGGAGCUCAGUCUGCCUUCCAGGAUUUUUGAUGGCCCUAGCUUCGUUCCAUUGCCAGAACUGACUCUACCCCUGGAGACAACCUCUCAGACCCCUGGUAUUUCCUCUACUGUCACUGUUCGUCCAUCAGCAGCCAUCUUAACUGCCCCUCAAACCCCUCCUAGAGUUUCUACACUCCCUGCUUUCCCUGAGACACCUGAGAUAUCAGAGCACCCAGGACCUCAGAACCACAGUGGCACUGUAACAUCAUCAAACACGACCAGCAACACCAUGGUCCCUAAACCAGCCACAGUUCCAGCUCUGCCCACCCGCCCUUUUAUCCCCUUGUUUCCCCCCUUUCCCGCGUUCUUUCCUGAGGAGAACCAGCCCUUGGGGGGUCGUGCCAGACAGAGGAGGUCAGUCGAACCUCAGGGACCAGACUCCGCCCACGUCCAUCUGGCAGAAUCUGCAGCAGAUUCUGGGCCUCUGCCUGCUGUGCCUGGGGACUACAGCAUCCCUCUUCCCCCGUACUACGUUUCAGAGUACACUGUGUCUCCCGAUGAUGACAUCAUCACAGAAUUUCCCAUUGACUCUGACUUUCCCCCUAUCUUUGAGAGCAGCAGUCCCAUUGGGCGCCCAGGAGCGGGGUCAGGGAGCUCUAGUGGGGGUGAUGUGAUUACAGGCUCCAGUGGUGGGGAGGGACACAAUCUGGUGGACCCCAGUACUCUGUUACUGACACGCCCUGAGAAAACUCUGCUGGAUCUGGACAGAGAGCUUAUCGACUCUGCUGUGUUCCAGACCCUCGUCUUCACAGGCAUAUCCUCCCCUGUCGUCACAUUUAAACCCUUCGUGUUGAAGGCAAAGAGCCUUUAUAUGCUGGAAGUGUCUGCAGACUCAGAACAGGCCCUCCUGGGGAAGACCCAGCUGUUCUUCUCCACCAAUGAGAUUCCUCAGGGAAUGAUCUGUCAAGUACAGCCUAGUAAAGGCUAUGAGAUCCACACAGAUUUCAGCAUAUUCUGCACCUCUGGGAAAGAGGACCUCCUUUAUGAGUACAGCUUCAGCAUAGGCAACACCCCAAGGAAGAUCCUUUACCAAGGCCGAGAUUUCCAAUACUACUUCAACCUUCCAUCUGGAGACCCAGAUGAUGACUAUAAAGUUACAGUAUACACUGAAAUACGGAACAGAUUUGGAAGUGGAACCAAACCAUGCCCUGUUAGUGUGAAGGUGCUGCCGAUUUUCCAGAGGAACGCACCAUCUGUCCACAAUUCUGAGAUAGAACUCUACGUGCAUGGUUUGAGGAACCUCACCAAACUCGUGCAGAUGGGCAGCUAUGUUGAGAUUCGCAACUACAUCCUCCUGCUGACCAGCGUGCUAAAUCGGCUGAGUCAGGAGUCCACUGCCUCCACAGAGCUGCAGACCGACACAAGGAGUGCCCUCAUCUCUGCAGCAUGUGACCUCACUAUAAAGGACGAGGGAACACUGGUUGAUAAUAUUGACAUGCUUAAGGAGCUUAUGAGUGUCACUGAGCAGGUGUCGUUCCUAAGCGCCAGGCUGGUGACCCGACGCAUUCAGGAUAUGUCAGCCCGCUUCGGUGCACCCAGCAUGCCGCUCACCUACAUCAUGGAUGAGCGGAUGAUAAAUGCGCUGGUGUCUCUGCUGUCCCAUGUGCUAGAGGCCCAGCUGAGCUCCCCCGCGGGGGGAGUCCAGCUGAUAUCUGACAGCAUCCGCACCACUGCCCACCUGCUGCUGAAGUAUGUGCUCUUCAACAAGGUCUCUGAGCACAAUGUGAGCACCAGCCUGAUGGAGCUCAAGACCAGCCAGUACAGCAGCUUCCAGAACAUCGCUAACAGCGUGGGCUCCUGCACGUUCUACCUCCCUCAUGUGUUGGGUUUGCAUAUUAAUGGGUGGAGUGGUACAACCCACAGUACCAACCCCCGAAACUCCUGCGUUGUCAGCCAGCUGAUGUUUUUUAAACAGAACCCAUACUUCCGGGGCAAUGCACCGGCUCAGAUUAAGGGCAACGUAGCAGAUCUGAAGCUGUACAACUGCACCACCAGGAGAGAGAUCAGAGCGCGUUCUCUUUCUGCACCCGUCAACAUCGAGUUCCAGAAAAGGGACAGAAAUGAGAGCAACUGCUUCUCUCUGCUGCGCAGUCACAUGAACAUUCAUCAGUUCAACGUGACACCAGAGAACCUGCGGGAGGCGCUGCAGAUCACCAUAGAGUUCACCCGGCCGACCAGGCGGACCUUUCCCAUAAUGCUCCUUUUCAGAAUGUUUGAGAGGCCCACCCCCAGCUUGUACAACACUCAGAGGAUUUAUGGCUGGGAAGGAAACACAGUCCACAUCUUCCUGCCUCCCUCUUCCCUGAAUGAUGCAGGCACUGGUUACUUGGCCCUCCUUAAUGCAGACUACAGCAGAAGUCCCUGGAAUAAGUAUAUAUCUAAUGCCGUAAACUACACCCUGAGGAUUGAGUCCACACAGUGUUUAUCCUGGGAUGGGAGGGAGUGGAAAACUGAUGGAUGUACCCCUCUGGAGGGGAUGUCCUCUGAUAAAGUCAACUGCAGUUGUAACCAUCUGGCAACAUUUACGGUGGCUUAUCAGGAAAUACAAAGCCAUCAUGAAUUUACCGAUGUGUCUCAGUUUACUGGCUUCUUCGAUAACCCGAUGCUCUGCAGUGUUAUAGCAAUUUCCCUGGCAGUCUACUUCCUCGUAAUGAUAGCAUGCAAGUGGUCUGAUAUCCAGAGGGACAAGAUGGCGGGUUCUGUUCUGCUAGAGGACAACAGCCCAUCGGACAGGCAGCUGUACGCUGUCACCAUCGAUACUGGACUCCGCUCCAGACCCACCAUGACGGCCAAGGUACACAUUGUCCUGCAUGGUGAAGGAGGAGCCUCACAGACAAGGGAGCUCAGCUUCUCGGACCAGCUUCUCUUUGACAGGAACUCCAGGCACACUUUCAUCCUGAGCACCCCAGACAAUCUUGGCCCCAUAUGGAAGCUCCACCUCUGGCACACUAACGGCGGCCCCUCACCCAGCUGGUACCUCAGCCACGUGGUGGUGAGGGACCUGACGAGGGGGGGCAGCUGGUUCUUUCCGGGGGAGUGCUGGCUGGCCGUGGAUGAAGGUGACGGGAGAGUGGAAAGGGAGCUGACCCCUCUAACUCAAGGAUUGGGGUUCACGAAGUUACUGCACUUGAAGCUGACUGAGUACCUGGAGGACUUCCACUCAUGGGCGUCGGUCUACAGCCGCCCCUCCCACAGCAGGUUCACCCGCGUCCAGCGCCUGAGCGUGUGCCUGCUGCUGCUGGAGGGGUACAUGUGCGCGAACGCCGCGCUCGUCUCCCUGCAGAACGACCAGUACACCGCGGAGCUGGGCCUCAUUGACGUCUCCACCGUCUCCUUGGCGACUGGGAUCCUCAGCACGCUGGCGGUGCUGCCAGUUGGGGGUCUGGUGUCCCUGCUGUUUCGUCUCUGCAAGGCAUCCGGCAAUAAGUAUUGUUCUAGACAGCAGUACAAGACUAGAAUCCCUGAAAUAUACUCUGUGGAAGCUCAUCGUGAUGCUCUGCUGGUUGAUGGCAGCAUUUCGGAGUCCUACCUGUCCUGUCACAGCCUUCAGGAGUGUACGCAGGAGAAAUGGAGAAUGCAAUGCAAGAGAGGAGUGGUGGAACGGCGUUCCCCUAGCCAGGCAUCCAUGCGCUACAGAGAGCUCCACAUGGAGAAGCAAGGCCAGGCCACUGCAUGGAACAGCUCCGGUGGCUUUGAGGAUGGCAGCAGCAACAGCAAACCCAUGGAUAAGGACUGCAAACAGAGCCAGCACAACCUGCAGUCCGGCUGCACUGCAGAGCACAGCUGUGUGUUGGGCCAAAGGGAACAUAGAAGCAGUAGAGUUGUGCUGCCCUCUUGGUGUCGCCAUGUUACGUGGGCCCUGUGUUCGUCACUGACCCUCGUCUGCAUUGUGAUCACAGGAGGCUUGGGACUAAGAUUCAGCCCCACAAAGAGUCUGCUGUGGAUCCACUCUCUGUUCUUCUCCAUGCUCUGCUGUGUCUUUGUGGUCCAGCCAGCCCUGAUACUCAUCAUUGCGACUGCAGUAUCCUUGUGGUACAAAGACCGAUGUGACUUCUACUGUUGCUCUGAUGAAACUGAAACUGCGGGAGGACUGCAGGAGCACUGGAGCCACAAUGGAGGCCGUCUGUCAGAAAUCUACCCGCUCAGCCUCCACCAGCACCCUCAGAACCAAUACACACACUUUGACAGGGUGUUAGCAGCCCGUCAGAGAGCCCGUCACCUGCGCCUUACCCGCCCACCAACCCCAGCAGACCUGAAGGACACUCGAGACCGGAUGAAGAAGGAGCUGCUCAUUCGCAAAAUUCUCAGGGAGGCCAUAUUGUAUACUUUCAUGUUGUCUCUUCUCCUGUUUAUCACCUAUGGAAAAUCCUCGGAGAGUCAGUACCAGCUGAAUCAAGCUGUCAGAGCUGAAUUUACCAAGAACCCACGCAGUAUCUUUCAUGCCAUAAAAACCCACAACGACUGGUGGAACUGGUCUUUAACUGCUCUACUGGAGGGACUUUACUGGGACACUUGGUACAAUAAGGCCUCUACUAAUACCAAGGCAGGUGCUGUCCAAGGCACAUGCAUUCUGAUUGGAGAACCAACUUUAAAAAAGAUGGAGGUGGAAAAGAAAAUAGUCUGCAAGGUUCCCAGAUCCUCCAAAGGCCUGGUUCCUGAAUGCCUCCCUGCUCACAGCCCAGGGGAGAGAGUCUUGGGUCAGCCAGAGCCUUCGACUGACCCGGCCCUCUCAGGCAGCCAUCGCCACUGCGGACACGUUGCCUGUUAUGAGGGGGCGGGGACUCGGGUCAGCCUAGGACCAACCAGGGCUGAAGCCUCAGUCCGGCUCCAGGAGCUGUGGGAUAGAGGCUGGCUGGACAGGUACACCCAGGCGGUGAUGGUCCAGUUCACCCUCUACAACCCCCCCACCAACCUCUUCACUAGCGUCUCCCUGCUGACUGAGCAGCCCAGCGCAGGGGGCCUGCUGCCCUUUACUUUCAUUGAGUCCAUAAGGGUCUACCAGACUGCUGGCCCCCUCCAUUACGCCAUCAUGGCUUGCGAGCUCCUCUUCCUGCUGCUCAUACUGCUUCAUCUCUACCUUCAAAUAUUUACUAUGAGCCAGAAGGGACUGUUAGCAUACUGGCGGGACAUACGGAACUGGCUGGAGGUCACCAUUAUCAUCAUUAGCCUUUUGUAUUACAUCUGCUAUGUGAACCACUUCAUUCUGGCUGUGGAGAUAAUUGACCUCUGGCAGAGAGAGAACUUCAAGUCAUUUGUGGAUCUUGGUUUCCUUUCCUCUUGGGAACAGCUCACCCGUUGCCUCCAUGGUUUGAUGCUCUUCCUGCUCCUGCUGAGAUGCGUUUUCCUGCUUCAGACGAACAGAACUAUGGCUCCUUCUGUGACACUGCUGAAGCUGUCCUUCAGAAAGCUGCUGUGGCCCCUGGUGGCAGGUGUCAUCCUCGCGAUUGCCUUCGCCAGCUUGGGGAAUGUGCUCUUCCUGUCCAGCUCCUGCCACUUCAGCGGUCUGAUCCGGUCCUUUCAAACUGUCAUCACACAUUGCCUGGGCAUCAGCCAGCUGAAGGCCCCGUCCGCACUCUACCAGCCCAAUAAUGGCUCGGUCACUCUGCUCUGCGGCUCCUUCCUCUUCAGCGUGUCCAUCGUCUGGACAGCACUGAUUACAGGAAUCCUCACCUCCCUUGCAAAAACUGCAAAGAAGACUUUAAGCAGAAAAUAUCUGGUGACUUUCUCAGAGGUAGCAGCCUACACUCAGGACAGGCUUCUCGUGUUCCUCGGAAAGCGCAAGGAAAAUUGGAGAGAUAACCACACCCAGAGAAGUCACUUCUACUUUGAUGAAUUUGAGAACCUUGUGGACGAGCUUCUCUUCCGGGUCAACGCCCUGUCCAAUAGCCUGCACCACACCCUCCCCUGCGGAGAGCAGGGCUAUAGGGAGGGGUACAGCCCCCCCAUGUCCCAUUCUGAAUACAUCUACAGCCUGAACUCUCAGCGAGCAAUUUCCAGAGAAGACAGAAUGCGGUCAAGUGUGGGGAAAAGCACAUCAGAAAUGGAGGAGAUGAUCUCAAAGAACAAUCCAGAUAUUUACCGUUUAUUACUGCCAUCUGGGGAUGACUCAUCCUAUGAAAACAAUUUCAGAACAAAACUUGAGUUGGAAGCAUUGUGCCACCUGCAGCAGAGCCAGCAUAGUAACCGAACAAGCUCAGGGGGUUCUGUGGUGUCCAGCGGUCCCCUUCACACAGAGCGCCCUGAGGGGGUGUCCACAUGGGCCAUCCCUGAGUCCUCAGCUGUUCUACCAGGCAGCAUUGAGGCCCCAGAGACCCCCAAUGGAACGUCGCCCCGCUCAGACCACUACAACCUGGCGCAGCUUGGGGAUGACUUGCCUCAUGUCCUGUGUGGGGCCAGGUGUCCUGAGAAACAGACGGCCCUCUCCGGGACUCUGGAGAGCCAGGUGAGCCGCUCCACCACUGACCUGAUGGCCAAGAACCGCAAGCUGCUCAGACGAUCACACGCCACUGUUAUUCGGCCCCUGGGUGGAGGCAGGGACGGAGCGGUCAGCCAGGAGAACUUAGAGGCCGGGUCCACACUCUGUUCAGACCCAGAACCAUCAUCACUGAAAGCUGCUUUUUGGACAGAGGAACCCACUGCUUGAGACUGGUUAGAGGGAAAUAAAAUGUUGGAUGUGGCAGAGUCCAGUGGAAAAAUGGGGUGACUCUCAGUAUACACCUGACCUCUGUACGCUCAUUUUGGACAAUGUUCUGGUUUGUCAACGGUUAAGAAUGCCAAUGUCUUGUCAGAAAAUAUACCCCACAGAAUGAAAGCAGUAUAUGCUUUCAUAGUGCGUGAGAGAUGAGGAAUAGCGCCCAUCUGUCUGGCUUGAAGGCUAAAGGACAGCAAAUGUGUGGGUAAAUUCAGGAGAUCACUGACAUAUGUAAAAAUGUUGAGUAAGGCAAGCCAAAUUAUAACACGGUAUUAUAAUAAUAUUAUAAUACACAUGUGGGUGAUAUAUGAAUGUUUUCUGACUACAGUAUAAGAUAACCUAGGUUUCUUAUACUUAUCUCAUAUUAAAUUUUUCAGUCAGUGUAUGCAUAGAAAAUGGUUUCCGGAUUUAUUGUAUCAUGAUGUGAUUGUACUUUAAAAGGGCUCCCUAGAGAAUACCAUAUUUAUUUCCAAUAAAUGCUGACAUGUAUGACA